CUCUCAUGUCUCUUCUCCUCUUCUUCUCAGAUACUUCUUGCUCAUUUCUUGCCCUAACAAAAGCGGGCUCGGCCUGUCCGUGGCAACCUCCCUUUUCGUUUAUAUAAAGCUGUUGUGCUUGUAUUUCACAUUAACGUCUUCUAUGCAUGUAACCUCUCCAUCCUCCGGGGACCUCGAGCUUGAAGAAACCGCCGCGAACUUUCCACCAUUUCACUGUUGAGUUACUCCAUACCGGUAUCAGGUAAUCCCUUAUCGUCGCCUGGAAGGGAACCGCCGAGCAGGCCAGCUCUCCAAAGCAAAUAAUUGCAAACACUCCAGAAUCUCCACACCAUGGCCCUCAGCUAUCUCUCCGCCAAACUCUCCAUCCUCCCUCGACUCUUUCAGCCCAGCUACGAUGCCAUAUUCUCCACCCUCCCCUUCUCCCAACGCUGGCGCCUCCUCCUCCUGCAACCCAUCAACCUCCUCGCCGCCCUCCUCACAGCCCCCUACUGGCUCUUCAACAACCGCUACUCCGUACUCUACAUCCCAACCCGCAGCGGCACCCAGCGCUGCCUGCUCUUCCAGCCGCCCGUUUCCAAACCCCGAAAGCAAAAGAAGGAGAAGGAGGAGGAGGACAAGCCAAGACCCCUCCACAUCGACCUCCACGGCGGCGCCUUCAUCGGCGGCUCCCCCGAGCAAGGCGCAAGAUGGUGCGCAUAUCUGAGCGACAACACGGGCGCGGUGGUCGUAAGUUGCAGCUACCGCGUCGCGCCGCGCCACGUGUUCCCCGCCGCGCACGACGACGUCGACGAUGUAGUGUCCUGGGUCCUGGACCACGCUGCUGCGGAACUCAACGCUGAUCCAAACCUGCUCACCGUCGGCGGCGCUUCUGUUGGCGCAAACCUCGCGCUCAGCGUGGCCCAGUAUCUGCUCCAUCGCCGCUCUGUAUCGUCCCCGCCUACCACGCUCACGUACACGGCAACAGCGAAAGGACUCCUCGCCUUCUGCGCCCCCGUUGACUUCCGCCUCCCGCCCGAAGAAAAACCACGCCCGCCCAACUUCCCCACCCGCGAUCCGCUUUCUUUCCUCAUGCCGCUGUAUGACGCCUACGCCGGGGGCCCGACGCGCCAGCGCGCCUGGGACGAUGCGCGCUUGAAUAGCUUUCUUGCGGGUAGGGAGAUGUUGCCGCGGGAUGUGCUGUUUGUGGCUGCGGGCGUGGAUAUUUUGCUGGAUGAGCAGGUGAGGUUUGUGGAGAGGGUUAGGGCGGAGGGGGAGGGGGAGGGGGUGGAGAUGAGGGUUUGGGAGCGCGGGUUUCAUGGGUGGUUGGAGUUGCCGAAGUUCGUGCUAGAGAAGGAAAGGAUGGAGGCGUUUGAGACCAGUGUGGCGUUUAUCAAGAGGGUGCAUCGGAAGUAUGGCUUUGACUUUGAUGUUGGGAAGAGAGUCGAUUGAGUGUAGACGAUGCUACUAGCUAUCUGUCUGGCGUGGUUAUUUUGCUGGCGUUUUCGGAUUCGAUCGAGAUACCCUUCUCAAUGAACGUCAGAGUAAACCG